AAUGAGAGCGCCGGCGCCGGGAGGUGCAGCGAUGCCGGCUCACUCUGCAUGGAUCUCACCAACCUUGUGACCUGGGCACACACUCAUGGCACCAUAUGCAAGCAAAUCCCAGCCUUGGAAAUUGUGCAGAACGUGGGUCAUGCGAGCAAGGCCAACUCUGUGCUGUGGAUCUGUGGAGCUGGACACGCGUAUCACUGGCAGUGUGAAAAACUCUACCUCAGAAGCAGAGAGGAGAAUGAAACUGCAGAGAAGAGGAAGAGGUCAGCGUCUUGUGAGGCUGCAGCAAGGGAAGCUAACUUCCAUGAAAAGAGGUUCCGGGUGACCCCAUCUGUUGAGUGGGGCAAAGGAGAUGCUGUUAGCACAGGGUCACGUAGCAGAUCUCCGGGGGGCACUCAGCAGAAGGACGAUGCAGUCUACAUAAUGCAUAAUGAGCUAUCACCCAGUAAGAAUUUGAAGCCUGGCAAAUCCAUGAAAUCAGGCUUUGCAGCAGAGCACCAGGCCUCAGUAUCUAUUGGGGAAGCCCAAACCAACAGACCUCAGGUGAAGCAAGAAAGCAACAAAGAUCUACAAAUCAUCUCUGAUGAAGAACAGUGUGUGUCAGAUGCAGAUGACCAAGGAGGUGGAAUCAACCAGAAUGUUCUGUCGGAAUCACCAGUGAAGGGUGGAACUGCUGAGGUAGAUUCACUAGUGCAUCACAGUCAAAAGACAGCAUUUAACAAGCCAACAGCCACCCAAAGACCUGGCUUUGCCCCCACAGGAAAGCUGUCCCCACGUCUUGCCUGCAUUCUGAACCCCCCUCUCAGCGACCAAGAGAGCCUGGACAGCAGCUUCCUGAGGCUGGGUCCUCCUCUUCGUCCUGCAGGGUCAGUAAUGGAAGCUUCUAGAGCAAGAAAUCCCUCUGGGUCAGCAAUGCUGAAAGAAUAUGUCAAAUCUGUUCCUGCCUCCAGCACUGACGCAAAGGCCCAACUUGAGUCCCCCACCUCUGUGGCAUUCUUUGAGUUUGAAGCCAGUGUAGACAUCCAGCAGGAACUCCAGCUGAGCCCUCUGGAGCACAGCAUGCCAAGAAUUGACUUCAGUGAGAAUGGUCCUGACAACCCUGGUGAGGAGGGUGAACCUCUGGGAUCUGGGCAGGCCCCUCAUCCUUCAGGCUCACUGAAUCCAGAGAGCAGGAACACAGAGCAGCCAUCCACAGCUAGAGCUGUGUCUUCUCUUUCAGGUGUGUUGAAGAAGGCUGAGAAGAAGAGAAACCGUAACUCUGGUGAUAUAAAAGUGUUCAAGGACUGGCUGGUUCUCCAUUGCCCCUUAGAAACACGGGAGGUCUAUAAGCUGCCACCCCAAGACCUUGAUAAUUACCUGGCCUUGUUUUACAGCUCUGCAAAGAGACAGAAUGGCACAGACUUCUCCCCCUGGUCCCUGCACUUCUUACAGAGCAGCAUAGAGAGGUACCUCAAGGAUCACAGCUACAAGUACAGCGUGGUGCGAGGGCUGGAAUUCCGAGCGUCCCAGGAAGCCCUGAAACUGAAACACCAGCAUCUGUCUCAGAAAGAGAGGGAGGGAGCAUGGAGUAUUCUGGAGAACCUGACAGAUGAGGAUGUGGAAAGCCUCCGGAAGAAGGGACUUUUAGGUAAGAUUCACCCUCAGGCCUUUUUGCACCUCAUGUUCACAAACAUCAUCAGGGGGUUUGGGGCACGUACACACACUCAGAGCCACAACCUGUGCUGGGGCCAGCUUGUGCUGACGAGGAAUGAGGGAGAGCCAGAGUACUUGGAGUGGAAGGACAAUCUGAGCACAGAGCCGAGCACAGGGGCCUCGGGCCCACGUCUCUUUGCCAAGCCUGACGAUCCAGGUAACUGUCCAGUGGCAGAUUACAAGGAGUACAGCAAGAGAAGGCCACUGGAUAUGCUCAACGACCACGAUCCACUUUACCUGGCUCCCAAGCCACUGUGCUCCGUCUGGGACCAGGUGUGGUACUGUAGGAAGCCACUUACAAAAGCCAAAAUGGAAAAGAUGCUGAAAAUUCUCAUCCAGCAAGUCAAAAGAUCCGUGAAGUCCAAGAAGUAA